UGUCAGAGCUGCUGUAUGUGCUGAGUAUAAGAUGUGGUGUGUUUCAGCGAUGUCCUGGUGUCUAUUCUUCUAGGAUCUGUUUUCAACCUGUGACGGACAACUUUCAUUAAGGACUGAGAAGACGGCUGUUACCCGCUGUUUCUACGCUGCUCGGACCUGGUGACAGACAGAGAGAGAGAGAGAGACAGAGAGAGAGAGAGACAGAGAGAGAGAGACAGAGAGAGAGAGAGACAGAGAGAGAGAGAGACAGAGAGAGAGAGACAGAGAGAGAGAGACAGAGAGAGAGAGAGACAGAGAGAGAGAGACAGAGAGAGAGAGACAGAGAGAGACAGAGAGGAAGGAGAGAGACAGAGAGGAAGGAGAGAGACCGAGAAAGGAGAGAGAGACAGAGAGGAAGGAGAGAGACAGAGAGGAAGGAGAGAGAGACAGAGAGGAAGGAGAGAGAGACAGAGAGGAAGGAGAGAGAGACAGAGAACAGGGAGAGAGAAUAGAACAGAGGACCAGCUGUGUGGACCUUCAUAUGGAGUCUAUAACAGAGGGAGGAGGAGGAGGAGGAGGGCUGAGGGAGCUGGUUCUAAAGUGGUUUACAGAGACCCAGGCCCCUCUCAUUCUCCUCCAUGAAGGAAACUUUCCCGAUUGGUUCCAAGGCUUCACCACCAGGAAGGAAGCAGAGGAUCAGCUGAGAGACAAGCCUCUGGGAUGUUUUCUCAUCAGACUCAGUGACAAAGCUGUAGGAUACAUCCUCUCAUACAAAGGACAAGAUCGCUGCCGCCAUUUUGUGAUCAACCAGGACCAAGCUGGGCUGUUCGCUAUCUCCGGGGACGACCAGCCUCACCACAGCCUCACGGAACUGAUAGAGCACUACAGAGUCCAUCCCAUCCAGCCUUGUAGGAGAACCAAUGACAUGACAGAGUCCCUCACCUCUGACAUACUGUCAGAGUCCCUCACCUCUACAUACUGUUGUCAGUCAAGCUCAGGAGAGCUGUAUGAUGUGGUGCAGUUCGAGGCCAAAGAGAAGAAGAAGACCGGUGGGGUCAGUGUCCGAGCCCUGAGAAGUUACUGGGACCAGCAGAACGAACAGAAGAAUGACCAACACCAACAGAAUGACCAUCAAAAGGACCAUCACAAUGACCCACGGAAUGACCCACGGAAUGACCCACGGAAUGACCCACGGAACGACCCACGGAAUGACCCACGGAAUGACCCACGGAACGACCCACGGAAUGACCCACGGAAUGAGCAGCACCAAUGGAAUGACCUGCCGCCAACUAGGCAGCCCCCUGCAGUGCCACCCGUGCUGCCGCCCAAAACCAACAACAGGAAGUUGACAUCAACAGUAUCCAUUGGCAGGAAGUCCCUCCCACAGCAAGCAGUUCCUCCAGUACCAAGGCGAGGCCCACCUCUGACCCACUCUCUGAGUGGAACCUUGUCUGACAAGAGCCCGUCUCAAACCCAAUACGCUGAAAUACAUCAUGACCAAACCAGGACCACAUCUCACGGUCAAACCCAAUACGCUGAGAUACAUCAUGACCAAACCAGGACCACAUCUCACGGUCAAACCCAAUACGCUGAGAUACAUCAUGACCAAACCAAGACCACAUCUCACGGUCAAACCCAAUACGCAGAAAUACAUCAUGACCAAACCAAGACCACAUCUCAUGGUCAAACCCAAUACGCAGAAAUACAUCAUGACCAAACCAAGACCAAAUCUCAUGGUCAAACCCAAUACGCAGAAAUACACACGAACCAGAACAAAGUGGAGAGACUGGCCAGUACUGGGAGUCUGAACCAGAGGAGAAGCACUGGGCCCUGGUCCUUCAAUAACACCUCCACAGCAGCAGGAGGAGUCAUGUACUCUGAGCUGACCCUGCCAGAUGGACGGAGCCGCUCUCUACCCCGCCUGGACGACGCCACGGAGGAGGAGGAGGAGGAGGAGGGGUACUCCGACAGGAUAACCAUCCCUUGCUUCCCCAACACCUCUCACUCCCCCAAUCCCUCCAAGAGGGUCACCUGCAACGCCUACUCUCUUCAGGACCCCAGGGAAAGCCCCCGGCCACAGAUCCACGGUGGACCACAAAGCCUGGAUCAGCUGAGCAUCAACCCACUGUACCAGGCCUCUGUCGGGCUUGGUGAGGGCCGGGACGCCCCCUGGAAGGUACCACAGAAGCAGAGAGAAGGGGACCGUGGCAGAAGCCCCCAGGACCAGACUACCCAACAGGAGGAGAGUAUGUAUGCAGAGGUUCCAGAGGGGCCAUCUCCUCCCCGUCAUCUGAUUACUGACAACACCUAUGAGCAGAUCCCAGGGGACGGUGGAGGAAACACCUAUGAGAUGCUGGAGAACCUGAAGUCCAAGGAGUCUACUUGGGGCAAGAAGAAUAUCACAUGGAGAAAAUUAUUCCCUGAAUACAAGAAGAAAUAGCAGCACCCUGCAGAUUCAGCAACAAACCAAUCAGCACCCUGCAGAUUCAGCAACAAACCAAUCAGCACCCUGCAGAUUCAGCAACAAACCAAUCAGCACCCUGCAGAUUCAGCAACAAACCAAUCAGCACCCUGCAGAUUCAGCAACAAACCAAUCAGCACCCUGCAGAUUCAGCAACAAACCAAUCAGCACCAUGCAGAUUCAGCAACAAACCAAUCAGCACCCUGCAGAUUCAGCAGGAAGACAAUUCUUUGGUCAAUGUUAUUGUAUUUAGGAAAUGUGUAGACUUGUGUUAUCUCUGUGUUAAAUGUGUUUUAUUAGCAAAUAUAAAUUAAAUGCAUUUUCCCUUA